AACGGUUACCAUAGUAACCAAACCGUUUGAACACCCCUUAUAUUAUAUGAAUCCCGAAUCGGCGCUAACCCGGGAAGGAGAAACUUUGGCUUUGCCGUGGCACCGAGUCGGAAACGCUGAAAAGAAUGGGGACAAGCGGCGAUGGAGGAGCACCGGAGGUGACUCUGGAGACUUCAAUGGGCGCCUUCGCCGUCGAGCUGUAUUACAAGCACGCUCCAAAAACUUGCAGGAACUUCCUUGAACUGUCUCGUAGAGGGUACUACGAUGGUGUGAAGUUUCACCGGAUUAUCAAGGAUUUUAUAGUGCAAGGUGGGGAUCCUACAGGAACGGGAAGGGGUGGGGAGUCCAUAUAUGGUAAGAAGUUUGAAGACGAGAUAAUGAAAGAUUUGAAGCAUACUGGAGCUGGGAUUCUAUCCAUGGCUAAUGCUGGUCCCGAUACAAAUGGUAGCCAGUUCUUCAUUACAUUGGCACCUUGUCCUAACCUGGACGAAAUAGGAAGUGAACAGGGGCUGUCAUCCUUCGGCCCUGUUUACUUUCAUUUCUGUUUCUUGUUUUUUGAGAAAACAGAUGUUGAAAACAGGCCCAUUCAUGAUGUGAAGAUAUUAAGAACGUCCGUCAGAGAUUAAAUGAUGCAAGGAUAGACUAUUAAUCCAGAUAGAAGGGAUUAUCAAUCAAUGUUGAGAACCGCUUUCAGACCUGAAGCUGCUGAGAAUGUAAUUUGGCUUCAAGGAGGCACUGUUUUGGGCCUCAAUAGCAAUUAUGGAUCUCAACCUGCCAUGUUUGCAGAAUUGCUGAUGUCAUGAUUAGCAUAUUCGAUAGAGAACUCACAUGCGUUCUGAUGGCAUUGUGUUAGGUUCCUGAUCGAAGACUAACAUUAUGACUAGCUUUAACUUUCCUCCUUUAGAUUCGGAUGGUUUAUCUCAAUGAAAAAGUUAUCAUUUGUUAGCGAAAGCUAAAAUAUUAGAUUGUGGAAGCUAAGGUCAAUUUAAUUUGUCUAGCCUCCGAAAGAAAACAGGCAAGCGCCGAACUGA